UAUUUUACAUCCGGGUUAUAGACUGUUUACAUUUAGCACGCUAGCUAGUGUCACGAGAAGUAGCUAUAUGUAACGUCUUUUACGGUUUUUUGGAUGCGAAAUUCAUUUUAAUGGCAUCUCAAAUCCCUAUAACCGUGCGGACACAGCCACCCGUCGCCGGCAGCGCUGCCCUUCUCCGGGUGAAGAAACGUCCUGGGAGUCCCGCGGCUUCAGGCGCUCCGCAGGCCGCCGGGAGCAGCAGCGGCGGCGGCAGCAAGAAGAAGAAAGUCCCGCCGACAGCGAUACCAACAAACAUUAUAACACAGGUAACAACAGUGGAAACGGUGGCAGAGAUGAAGAUUGUUGGUUCAGCAGACGUUGGUCCAAUGUCCUCAGAGUCCAUGACAAAGCCUCCACCAUUCAAAGACUGCAUGUUUAUGCAUUCAGGGAUCGGUGGAGCAGCAGCAGGCAAAAAGAAUCGAACGUGGAAGAAUCUCAAACAAAUCCUGGCUUUGGAGCGGACUUUACCUUGGAAGCUAAAUGACCCUAACUACUACAGCAUUGAUGCUCCUCCAUCCUUAAAGCCAGCAAAGAAAUACUCAGACAUCUCUGGACUCCCUGCACACUACACCGAUCCACAGACCAAGCUGCGGUUCGCCUCCUCUGAGGAGUUCUCCUACAUCCGUCUCCUCCCCACAGAUGUUGUCACAGGCUACCUGACUCUUCGAAAAGCACCAUGCAUCGUACCGUGACUGCUGAGCAAACCCUGAAACGGGCUCGAGCCAGUGAGCUCGCAUCAGAGGAUAAAGCUGCUGAACAGCAGUGAGAGAGCAGCUCACAGCUUCAAACACCAGAACGGUUACAGGUGCAGGCGUUAGCUGCUGUUAUGAAGCGGGGAAUAUGAGCAGGAACUGUUGGCCAAAUAGGUUCAACAAAAAGGAAAUCUUUAAUUUUCUUUAGAGAGGACACUUUGAACAGUUGGUGAGUGUGUCCAAAUAUAUUUUCCUUCAAAUACUUGAUGUUUACUUCCAAAGUAAAUGGCUUGGUAUGAGUACUGUUGCUAAGCAAUCAUUGUUUUACUUUUUUUGUUUUACUUUUGCCAACAUGUGAAUGGUAGUACUAACACAAGGAGUAAAACUUGUUGACUACAUAAUGCUAGCACUUUGUUAGCCACUUCUUUUAGCUCGUUUCCAGUCUAAUGGUAUGAUCUUUUUCUCAAAUCCACCAAAUGGUUUUUUUGGGGGAAUACCUUUAGGGCAGGUUGCUGAGAAGAAAUAUGGUGAGUCAACUUUAACAAUAAAAAAGAAAAAAACAAUGUCAAA